AUGGCGUCCAUUCGCAACCCAUCUUUCCUGCUGCUCCUUCUUCUCGCAGUCGCAGCUUACGCGUCCUUGGCUACAGGUCAGACAGAGCCGUUCCUCGUCACCAAGGCGCGCACGACGAGAGCCUUCGCCAUCAACUGCACCAGGGAUUCCGCCACCGCGAAUGCCACCGCGGCGCUGAGGGCGCAAGAUGUUAUCAAUGCCAACGCGACGCUCGCGAACGCGACGGCCGCGUACAACGACGCGUUACCCCUCGUCAAUCGCCUCAAGGUCGUCCUCGCGAACAAGAUCGCCGCGAAGAACGCCACGGCCGCCGCGAUUCCCGCUCUCCAGAACAUCACAGACGAUGCGCAGGCGCAGCUGGAUAAGCUCGUCGCGCAGGGCACGGACGUGACGUCGCUCACGCAAGCCGUGGAGGACGCGAAGCGGCGCGUCAACAUGACGUCGACCCUGGUGGACACCCAGCAGGGCGAGGUCGCCGACGCGAAUGUUGAAGCGAUCGACGCGGCGAAGAAGGCGGCCGACUCGAGCCUCACAGGUGCCGAUCUGGCCGCAGCGCAAGCCAAGCUGACCGAAGCGAUGGCGAUUAAGACCCAAGCCGAGGCCAUUCUUAAGGACAUGGUCGACCAGGCGAAUCGCGCGGCGGAUUUCUUGGUUAAGAGGCAGAACGACCUGGACAACCCCGAUGCGGUCCAGGCGGAGCUUCUGAAACAGCAGCAGGCCGUGGCGGCCGCUAAGGCGAAUCUCGACGCUGGCAUUGCGGCGGAUCAGGCGGCGGCGGCGGCGGUGACGCAGGCGCAGUUCGACGUGAACUACGCGAACGCGUCCAUCCCGGCGAAAUCCGCGAAUGUGUCGAAUGCGAAGAUUCUGCUGAGCAAGGCGCAAACCGCGAAGACGAGCGCGGAUAACAACUCGACUCUCAUGGCAUCGCGUGCCUACAAUGCCACUAUCGCCGCGCAGCAGGCGGAAGCUGCGGCCAAGGCCGCAGGGUACACGUGGGUGUGGUAA